UUCCAAUUCUAAACCAAACAACAUAUUCUCAUAAUCAUCUCUUCUUUUAUCCUCUUUAAGAAAGGAAGAGAGAUCAAAGCUUCCAAGUUUACACAAAAAGAAAAAAAGAACCAUGGCUCUUGUCACUUUCUUGUUUAUAGCUACCCUUGGAGCAAUGACAUCACAUGUCAACGGCUACGCCGGAGGAGGUUGGGUCAACGCACACGCCACAUUCUACGGUGGUGGUGAUGCUUCCGGCACAAUGGGAGGUGCUUGUGGUUACGGAAACCUAUAUAGCCAAGGCUAUGGAACCAACACCGCAGCUCUAAGCACGGCUCUGUUCAACAACGGUUUAAGCUGUGGUGCUUGCUUCGAGAUAAGAUGCCAAAACGAUGGAAAAUGGUGUCUCCCUGGCUCAAUUGUCGUCACAGCCACAAACUUUUGCCCUCCUAACAACGCGUUACCGAACAACGCAGGAGGUUGGUGUAACCCUCCUCAGCAGCAUUUCGACCUCUCUCAGCCCGUAUUUCAACGUAUCGCUCAAUAUAGAGCCGGCAUUGUUCCCGUCGCUUACCGAAGAGUGCCAUGCGUGAGAAGAGGAGGAAUAAGGUUUACGAUUAACGGACAUUCUUACUUCAACCUAGUUCUGAUUACGAACGUCGGAGGAGCCGGAGAUGUUCACUCAGUGAUGGUUAAAGGUUCAAGAACUGGGUGGCAAGCUAUGUCAAGAAACUGGGGACAGAACUGGCAGAGUAACUCUUACCUAAACGGACAAUCUCUGUCAUUCAAAGUCACCACAAGCGAUGGUCGAACCACUGUCUCUAACAACGUGGCUAACGCAGGCUGGUCUUUCGGCCAGACCUUCACCGGUGCGCAGUUACGUUAGGAAGGGUGAUUCAGUCAAAUCUCAUCUCAUUGAUCGUGUGGUAUUGUAGUAGAAGCAGUAAGCAAAAAGUUUAGAGAGGGGGCAUGAUAGUAAUUUGGUUCUUUCUUUCAAUUGAGGUUUACCUAAAAGAAGUGGUGCUUCGAGUGCUUGAUUUUGCACGAGGCCUUGAUGGUGUCAUCUUUUAGGAACCUUUUCUUAUCUUUCUUCAUUUUUAUUGGUAAGGUUUUAUGUUAUACUGAUGCAGAGGUGGUCUUAAGUUUAAGUACCACCCGCUAGUAGUAGUAGUAGUAGUAGUAGUCUCUCAUGUACUCAUUUGUAUCCCUUCUCGAAGCGAGAGGGAGAGUUUUAGAUUGUAUUAAUCUCGUUAAAGUCAUCAUGUAUGUUGUAAAUUUUUCAAUUUCUACAAGUAAUGAAUGUUGGGGAUUUGUUAUAUAUACUUUGUGUAAUAAAUUAUCAUCAAAAAA